AAACCAGUGUCCUUUUCUGUGCCUUGACCCACAACAGGGUGGGGAGAGAGGACCUGACCUUGAGAUUACCAGCAGACAAAACAAGGGGGGGGUGGGAACCCCAAGGGGAGGACCACCACAGCAGGGGUGGGGCCAAGCAGGUGAUAUCCUGCCCCAGACAGCCACCAGAGAUCUUAGAGCUCCCAACUCCAGUACCAUCCACAUGGACCGCACUGUUGUGCUCAUCACCGGGUGCUCCUCUGGAAUUGGCCUGCACUUGGCGGUACGACUGGCUUCAGACCGGUCCCAGAGCUUCAAAGUCUAUGCCACGCUGAGGGACCUGAAGUCGCAGGGGCCACUAUUGGAGGCAGCCCAGGCUCGGGGAUGCCCUCCCGGCUCCCUGGAGACACUGGCAUUGGAUGUCAGGGACUCAGAAUCUGUGGCCGCUGCCCGGGCACGUGUGACCGAGGGCCGCGUGGAUGUGCUGGUGUGUAAUGCGGGACGGGGACUGUUUGGGCCGCUGGAGGCGCAUAAGCUGGAUGCUGUGGGCUCCGUGCUGGACGUGAACGUGGUCGGGACCGUGCGGAUGCUGCAGGCCUUUCUGCCCGACAUGAAGAGGCGUCGCUCCGGGCGUGUGCUGGUCACCGCGAGUGUGGGAGGUUUGAUGGGGCUGCCGUUCCAUGCAGUUUACUGCGCCAGCAAGUUCGCCCUCGAAGGUUUGUGUGAGAGUCUGGCGAUUCUGCUGCUGCCCUUUGGAGUCCACGUGAGCCUUAUCGAGUGCGGCGCGGUGCACACUGCCUUCUUCGCGAAGCUGGAGGGCGGCCUGGGUGGGGAUCUUGAGCGCGCCGACGCCCCGACCCGCCGCCUCUUCGCACACUACCUGCGGGGCUAUAAGCGAAUCCUGAGCGAGGCGCAGGACCCGGAGGAGGUGACAGAGCUCUUCCUGACCGCGCUGCGCGCCCCGCAGCCCGCCUUGCGCUACUUUAGUACAGAGCACUUCCUGCCGCUGGCCCGGCUGCGCCUGGAGGACGCCAGCGGUUGCAGCUACGUCGCAGCUAUGCACCGCGAGGCCUUCGCCGGCCUGCAGGUGCAGGAGGAGACGGAGGCACGCAGCCCGGGCCCCCAGGGGACCCCGAGCCCCACGCUUCUUUAGCCGCCGAAAUAAAUAAAGCCUGUGUGGGUCCCAGGCUCCUGCGCGCUCUUUGCCUCCCUCGGUGUGCGACUCCUCCCUCGAAAGUUGGGGUAGGGGUGGCGUCUGAAUUGUGCUGGCCUACAUCGGAUAAAACCAGCCAGGACAAAUUAUGCUGCCGCUUAUAGCACGCAAAAGGGCCAUUAGGGUCUCUGUUUUCUUAUCUUUAAAAUGGGCACAGAAUCUUUUUAAAAAGUGCAAUCUUGAUCUCAUGGAUUGUAGUGAGAGCUGUUAAUCUCGCCGAGUUGCUAAGUGGAGUUUUUUUUUUCCAAUAAAUUAUUAUUAUUAUUAUUAUUAUUA